UUAUUAGGUAUACAAUGCCGAUCGACCGAAAUUUUGGGUUCGCCUCAACCGGGGCCAGUUACAAACCCGAGCAUCGUGGAGCUCCAGAGCACCCACGAUAGUCGACCAUACCGUAGUAACGAUAUUGUUGACGAUGAGUGCAUCAUCAACCACAACAGAAACGUAACAUCCGUGAAACCGACAAAUAACCAGAUUCAUCUUAUGGACGAGUUGGAUCUGCUACGGACCGAAAACUUUCAGCUCCGGUUACGCAUCUACAACGCCGAGCAACGGAUUGACAGGCUGUCAUCAGCCACACACGGGGGGGAUCAGAAGAAGGGCAGUGUUGUUAUGGAUACUUACAGCGACGAUAUGGAUACUGACAGCGACGAUAUGGAUACCGAGAGUGACGCUAGUAGCAGCCAUGCCGGGAGCGUUAUCUACCAGAAGGCUAAAAUGGCCAAAACAGCCGAAGCGGCCAUAAACUCCAUUCACGACUUGAUGGCGCUUAACCAGCGAUUGCUGGCAUUAAUGGCGGCUACUGUGUCGGCCACAUCGGUGUCUGUCUCUGCCGAAAACAAACGACGUUGGCAGCAACUGCGAAGUCACAUCGAAGAAUACGCCAUACACAGCCCGGUAAGAACACGAACAUUAUUAAGAUCCCCGGUGCUUUUGUUCACACAGAUCAAAGAGACGACAGCCGAGAACAACGACGAUGGUGAUGAUAGCGAUGACGAAUUCUUUUACGCAUCUACUAUAAGCACCGGGAAGUUGUGCAAAGCGUGGUUAGUGACUGCAGAUCAUUCAGUGACGAUACCUCCACCGCCACAACCAUCCAGACCGCUGGAAAGCCUGGGCAUAGAUGACGAGGGUAUCGGGUCAGAGGUAACCCGUCUGCAGGGACAGUGCAGACCAAUCCGUUCAGUGCAUCAGCUGAUGAAAACGGAACUGUGGGCCAGGAACCGAAUGCUUUUUGGCAGAGUCGAGCAGCGACGGAUCAUGAAGCAGGUGUCCUACGCGGCAACUCAACCGCAGCAACAUCAUUUGCAGCAGUUUCACACGAAAACCACUGCUCCGACUGCUUACACGGCGAAAAAAGUAAUCAUAUUGAUACGACCGGACGCGAAGGCACCCUGCACCGCAAAAGCACCGGGAGCUGCCUGCACAGAAUCACACACCGCAGCUGUGUCGACACCGUUGUCGCAUCCGUUAGUGUUGCCGGACUACUCGGAUGAGGAGUUUUUCAUUAGUUGCGACGAAGAAGAAGAUGACGACGACGACGACGACGACGAAGAAUUCGAAGACACCAACUGUACUUGGUCGUCGGAAGAAGAUACCGCAGAUCGGAACGACUGUGACGAAGAGCCAGUGUUGUCAGUUUCGAUCAACUCGCCGGUAGCGUCGUCAACGAAUACGUGGAGGUACUGUCGAACGCAUCGGCCAAUCAAGAGCGUCAGCCAUUCUGCUGCCUUCACUAUGAAGACGUUUUCAUCGACAGAGUCUGAGGCCGUGCAAGUUGAUUCGAACGAAUUGAAAUGUGGUGGCGUAAUUACGACGGAGACGAUCGCUACAUCACCCAGCAGCACCGUAAGGGUCGCCGACGAUUUAAAUAAAUGGCGGCAGUGCAUGCUACCUCGCCGUUGUUCCAGUAGUGUGGUGGAUGCGGCCAAUCGUCCGAGGCCGUCAUCCGUGGUUGAUGUGCAAGUGCAGUGCGACGACGGAAAAGUAGUGGCCGAUCACAUAAUAUCUAGUAGUUAUCUUGGUAUCGACGUUCAACUGCAGCUGCAACAGUUGCAUCGCGACGUUGAUAACAGUCGAUUGAACGACAUGUUACUAAGAUUUCAAGAGGGAACGCGACCGAGUGACUGCAGUGUCCCUGGAUUUUCGCCGUCCUCGGUCCACGAAGAAACAGUCCUGUCAGCCGAAGACGUCGACGUUGUAGGAGGUGAUGGAGACCAUCAGCGAUGCCUGCCGGGCGGUGUGGAACAACAGCUACAACUGCAGCUCACAGGUAUCCGAAAACGCAUUUUGGGAGACGAACACCGGGUACUUGACUUCAACCUUGAAGACCGCGAGGACCCCUUUAACGACGCCGUCCGUCACAUGGAUCAUGAAGAUUUCAUAAAUGUGACUAUCCCGCAGGUCGUAGAACGGCAUCACCGGGCGCUUAUGUUGUUACAGCAUCGGCUAGAAAAUGUUGCCGCAAAUUGAUAUUUUUAUUUAUUUUUGUUUUUUGACAUUAUUCAUUAUGAUAAUUAUUAUUUAUUGUUUACCUAACGCCUGUAAUUCUUGAUGGUUACGUUUCCUAUUCCUUUUUUUUUUGGCAUUAUUUACCAAUAAUUCCUGUAAUUAUUUUUGUUUACGUUUGUUUUUUUCGUUUUAUUGUCAUUAUUUAACCUAUGAUACUUGCAAUUCUUGCUGUUUAAGUUUGUUUUUUUUUAUAUAUAUAUAUACU